AUGUUUCCACAAUCAGGGAAAUCGAUUAUCUUCGACACAUUUCCUGAUCCGACAGAUACCUGGGAGAUCAUCGAGACCAUCGGGAAAGGGACUUAUGGCAAAGUCUACAAAGUCCUCAACAAGAUCGAUGGCAGCAAAGCGGCUGUCAAGAUCCUGGACCCCAUCCAUGAUAUCGAUGAGGAGAUUGAAGCAGAAUACAAUAUCCUCAAGGCUCUCUCUGACCACUCCAAUGUGGUUAAAUUCUUCGGGAUGUACUACCAGAAGGAUGUCAAAAACGGGGACCAGUUGUGGCUAGUUCUUGAGCUCUGCAAUGGAGGUUCGGUGACAGACCUGGCCAAAGGCAUGCUGAAGAGAGGGGACAGAAUGGAUGAGGCGAUCAUUGCCUAUAUCAUACACGAGGCCCUCACGGGUCUCCAUCACCUGCACAUCAACAAGACCAUCCACCGGGAUGUCAAAGGCAACAACAUCCUACUGACCACACAAGGAGGGGUGAAGCUGGUGGACUUUGGUGUUUCGGCCCAGUUGACGAACACUCGUCUUCGUAGGAACACCUCAGUGGGAACACCUUUCUGGAUGGCGCCAGAGGUUAUAGCGUGUGAGCAGCAGUUGGACUCCACGUAUGACGCUCGCUGUGACGUCUGGUCCCUGGGCAUUACUGCCAUAGAGCUGGGAGAUGGAGACCCGCCCCUCUCCGACCUCCAUCCAAUGAGAGCUCUCUUCAAAAUCCCCAGAAACCCUCCCCCUACCCUGUACCAGCCGGAGCUGUGGUCGGACCACUUUAACGACUUCAUCUGCAAAUGUCUGAUCAAGGACUUUGAGCUGAGGCCUAAUGUUCUAGACCUGCUCCAGCAUGUGUUCAUCAAACAGAUUGUAGGCCGAGAGAGGAUCCUGCAGAAACAGCUGAUGGAACUCAUAGACCUCAACCAGCAGAUAGGAACCACUGGGAAGACAAGCCAUCAUGGAAAGACAGACAGAAGCACAGACAGUAACGACAGGCAUGAGCGCAUCCACACCAAGAAAGGUGGUCAAAUGAUGUCAUCAAGCCCCACCCCCGACGAAGUGGAUGACCUUGUCAGCCUGGAAGUACUUGAUGAGAAUUCAGUCACAGAGCAGCUUCAGAGGCGCUAUGCCAAGGACCAGAUCUAUACCUACGUUGGAGACAUCCUCAUUGCAGUUAACCCGUUUCACAAGAUGGAGCUGUAUAGCCCACAGUACACAAAGAUGUACAUAGGAGCGAAACGCACCGCGAACCCGCCACACAUCUUUGCUGUUGCUGACAUAGCCUACCAGUCCAUGGUGUCAUACAACGCAGACCAGUGCAUUGUUAUCAGUGGAGAGAGCGGUGCAGGAAAGACAGAGAGCGCCCAUCUAUUGGUCGAGCAGCUCACAGUGCUUGGAAAGGCCAAUAAUCGCUCACUCCAAGAGAAGAUCCUAUUGGUCAAUAACUUGGUGGAGGCUUUUGGGAACGCAUGCACCGCCAUCAACGACAACUCCAGCCGCUUCGGGAAAUACCUGGAGAUGAAGUUUACCUGCGGGGGGACCGUUGUCGGAGCGCAAAUCUCAGAAUACCUCCUGGAGAAAUCCCGCGUCGUACAUCAGGCCACAGGUGAGAAGAACUUCCACAUAUUCUACUACAUCUACGCUGGUUUAGCUGAGCGGAAGAAACUUGCCCACUACAAGCUAUCAGACAGCAAAACCCCAAAAUAUCUGUUCAACGAGCACAUUAAAUUGGGCCCUGACAUAGUGAACAACACCUUCUACAAGGAGCAGUUUGACGCGGUGGAACAGUGUUUCAAAGUCAUCGGCUUUACCCUGGAGGAGCUGGGCAGUGUGUACAGUACUCUGGCUGCUAUCCUAAACUCAGGCGACAUUGAGUUUGCCUCUGUGGCCUCCGAGCACCAAACCGACAAAAGCAACAUCUCCAACAUAGCAGUUCUGGAGAAUGCGGCGUCGCUGCUGUGUAUCCGUCCAGACGAGCUCCAGGAGGCCCUGACGUCCCACUGCGUAGUGGCCCGGGGCGAGACCAUCGUCAGGCCCAACACGGUGGAGAAGGCCACGGAGGUGAGGGACGCCAUGGGCAAGGCCCUAUACGGCAGGCUCUUCAGCUGGAUCGUCAACCGCAUCAACACCCUGCUCCGACCCGACACACACCUAGGAGAGGACGACAAGGGCCUGAACAUUGGCAUCCUGGACAUCUUUGGCUUUGAGAACUUCAAGAGGAACUCGUUUGAGCAGCUCUGCAUCAACAUCGCCAACGAACAGAUCCAGUUCUACUUCAACCAACACAUAUUCGCCUGGGAGCAGGACGAGUACCUGAAUGAGGAUGUGGACGCCAGGGUGAUUGAGUAUGAGGACAACCGUCCUCUCCUGGACCUGUUCCUGCAGAAGCCCAUGGGCAUGCUGUCACUGCUGGACGAGGAGAGCCGUUUUCCCCAAGCCACCGACCAGACCCUUGUAGAAAAGUUUGAAGACAACCUGAAAUCCAAAAACUUUUGGAGACCAAAAAGGGUGGACCUUGGCUUUGGAAUUCAUCACUAUGCUGGAAAGGUGAUCUACAACGCUGCAGGCUUCCUCUCUAAGAACAGAGAUACACUACCGGCAGAUAUUGUUCUUCUGCUGAGGUCGUCAGAAAAUCAGCUGAUUCGCAAACUGGUCACCCACCCGCUCACCAAAACAGGUAAUUUGGCCCACACAAAGGGUAAAGGGAUGAACACACUCAUGAGCAUGCCUCGCACCCCAGCACACCCUCACCGCACCAUGAACUUUGCCAAGAUGGGAGUGCUUAAGUUAUUCAGUUCUAGUAUGUCACUCUGUGAGCCUUCUUCUCGGAAAUUAACUCUCACCCCAGAAAAAAAACACGCGCCUUUCUUGCUUCUCGAUCACACAGUACAUAUUCAAACGGGUGAUACUGGAACUGGAGAGACCACCCACCAUCCUAGAGAGUCCACCAACAUGAGAACACAGACAGUAGCCUCCUACUUCAGAUAUUCCCUAAUGGACCUGCUGUCCAAGAUGGUGGCGGGACAGCCCCACUUUGUGCGCUGCAUCAAGCCCAACAAUGACCGGCAGGCCAGUAAGUUUGACCGGGAGAAGGUGCUGGUGCAGCUGCGUUACACGGGUGUCCUGGAGACAGCUAAGAUCCGCCGGCAGGGCUACUCUCACCGCAUCCUCUACACCAACUUCGUCAACAGGUACUACAUACUGGCUUUCCAUGCGCACAAGGAGCCGGAUGCGAGCCCAGAGACUUGUGCAGCUAUAUUGGAAAAAACCAAACUGGAAAAUUGGGUCCUGGGCAAAACGAAAGUGUUUCUGAAGUACUACCAUGUGGAGACCCUCAACCUGAUGGUGAGGCAGACCACAGACCGCAUCGUUCUGGUCCAGGCCUACGUCCGGGGCUGGCUGGGGGCCAAACGUUACCGCAAAAUACUGGAGAAGAGAGCACAGAGCGCUGUGGCCAUACAAUCAGCGUACAGAGGACAUAAAGUACGGAGGAGAUGUGCUGAUGAUAAAUUAAGCAAAGCCAAGUUUGAGACCUUCAUCACCCAGUUACAGGCUGUUUGCCGAGGUUACCUCGCCAAGAGGAAGUACAAGGAGAUGGUGGAGGAAAAAAACAAAGCAGCAGCUAAGAUUCAGGCCCAUUACAGAGGACACAGGGAGAGGAAGAGUUUCAAAAAGAAAAGGGAUGCCAUUGAGAAAGACAGGAUAGAGAAAGAGAGGAUCGAAGCUGCCAAACUGGAGGAGGAAGAGAUGGCCAAAUCCGCUGUGGUCCUCCAGAGUAAUUACAGGGGCUACAAGGAGAGAAAGAAACUCAGGGAGCGCCACAAGACACUGUCCGGAGACGAGUUGAGACUAAGGUCACCCUCACCUGUAGAGCACACGGAAGUGGGUGAAGAGCUGGUGGACGAGGAAGACACAGAAAUUGACGAGCAACAGAAUGCAGAGCGAGCAGAAGGGGAGGAGGUUAACCCGGAACAGGAAGCUAAGGCAGCUACAGUUCUCCAGAGCAACUUCAGGGGCCACAAAGAGAGGAAGAGGCUGGUUGAAGAAGGCAAGAUCCCAGCAAGGAAACAGAGAGUGAUGAGCCCAACUGAAGACGAGACCGCAAAGGUAGAAGGUAUGUCAAAACCAGCAGGAAGGUCAAAGGUUCCAGAGACAGCAGCCGUGUCUGCAGGUGUGGAAGAGAAGGAGGAAGUAGAUGAGGCCAAGGCAGCUACGGUCAUCCAAAGUAACUUCCGUGGCCACAAGGAGCGCAAACGCCUGCAGGAGGAAGGAAAAAUCCCCAAGAAAAAGAAGGCGAAAGAGGCCAAAGAACAACCCAAACAAGAACUUGUCCAGCCACAGGAGCCAACGCUAGAAUCCCAACCAGAGCCGUCCACCGCAAGCCAGUCGGAGCCAGACGAGGAAAAAGCUGCCACCGUUCUGCAGAGCAAUUUCAGAGGACACCGGGAUAGAAAGAAAUUCAAGGAGGAGAGAGAACGGGUCAAAAGGAGCAAGGAGGAACCCAUGGUUGAGGAACAGGAGGAAGGGUUGAAGGUUGAAGACAGGGUUGUGGACCUCACCGAUGUAGAGCUGGUUCGCAUGGAGGAGACAGAGUCUCAGGGAGGGGAUAGGUAUGACGAGGAGCAGGCAGCGGUGAAGAUCCAGAGCCAGUUCAGGGGCUACAAGGACAGGAAGAACCUGAAGGCCACCAAGGCCACAGCCCAGAGAGAUACGGAGGAACUGGAGGUCUUUUCUAAAGAGGUCACUAAGUCUUCCCAGAACUACAUGAGCCUCCAGCAGAAGCUGAACGAGAUCAUCCUGGCCCACCAGAUAAACCCAGCCAAUAACGGCAUGUUUGUCAAAGGGCAGGCAGUCAAUGGCUUUGCUGCCAACCAUCAGCAAUCAGUCGAUCUGAAAGUGUGUCGGACGCCUCGCAGAACCCAGCAGCCAAAGACGCUCAACACCCCUGAGGACUCUACGUACUACAACCUCAUCCAUAGGUCUGUCCAGGAUGACAAACGCAGGCCACGGAAACAAGGUCCUGGGAAGCUGCUGGACGUAGAUGACCAGUACUACCAGGGCCUCCCCACCAGUAAGUCCACCGGCGCCAUAGCCGGAGACCGACGCACCUCUCUCACCAGACGAGCAUCUCUCGAGAGGAGGCAGUCUAUCGAACAGAGGCGCUCUAUAGAGAGGAGACAGUCUUCUGCGAGGAGACAGUCUUCUGACAGGAGGCAGUCUACAGCUGCAGAAAGAAGUCCACAGACAAGAAGAGAGUCUGCAGCCGCUGACAGGAGGCAGUCUACCGACCAAAGACAGACUGCAGGUGCAGACAGAAGUCCACAGACCAAAAGACAAACUCCAGACAGGAGACAAUCUAGAGAGAGGGCAGUCUCCGAGCCAGCAGAUAAAAGGCACUCCGUUCCCAGACUGCCCUCUGCAGAGGGCCAGGACGACAACCCUUAUGACUACAGAAAACUCCUGCGAAAGACCUCCCAGAGAAGAAGGCUCAUCAAACAGUACAGAGACUGA